AGUUGUUUUUUUUCUAUGAGCACUGAAUCACAAAGAAGAUUGAUCCCACUGUCGACCCAAUGUAGGAACUGCUCACUCCGAUUCCCACAACCUCUACUCUUGCUUGGAUUUCAGCAUUCAGUCAAAUCCACAAGGACAGAGUAUGCCAUCUGCACCUUUUCACAGAAUCCUACGACCCCUUCUGCUCGGCACUUUCAUACUGGGAUGCUUUGUGACUCUGUUUUUGAUGUAUUUUAAACCAUCCACCAGCUGGUUAUCAGGUCCCGUAGAGUCAACAGUAUCCCCAGACCGGGUCAAGAACCUCUUUUCCACCAAGAGCGAUAAAAACGUGACCACCGUGCUGAUCUGGCUCUGGCCCUUUGGACAAACCUAUGACCUAAGCGUCUGCAGCUCUCUCUUCAACAUCGAAGGCUGCUUCAUCACAGCAGACAGGAACCUCUAUAACAAGUCAGAUGGGGUUGUCAUCCAUCACAGGGACAUCUGCACUGACCUGUCCAACCUGCCGCCGCUCCAGCGACCAUCCUUCCAGAAGUGGAUAUGGAUGAACUUGGAGUCCCCGUCGCACUCCUCCCAGCUGCCUGGGAUCGAGAAUCUGUUCAAUCUGACUCUCAAUUACCGUCAGGAUGCUGACAUUGAAGUGCCUUAUGGGUCCAUUGUAGCAGCGGACAGCGAGGAGGACUUUGUCCCACCCAGCAAAAACAAACUGAUCUGCUGGAUUGUGAGCAACUGGAACCAGGACCAUGUGCGGGUGAAAUACUAUAAUGAGCUGUACAAACACAUUGAGGUUCACGCGUAUGGACAAGCCUUUGGGGAGUAUAUCUCUGAUCAAGACUACUUCCCCACCAUCGCCAGCUGUAAGUUCUACCUGGCAUUUGAGAACUCCAUCCACAAGGACUACAUUACUGAAAAACUGUACAACCCACUCUCUGUGGGGACAGUGCCAGUGGUUCUCGGCCCAGCUAGGCAGAACUACGAGAACUUUAUUGAGGGAGAUGCCUUCAUCCACGUGGAUGACUUCACCUCGCCCAAGGAGCUGGCCGAUUACCUGCUGCUCCUGGACAAGAAUGAGGAAAUGUACCUCAGGUACUUUGACUGGCGGCGGCACUUUAAAGUAAAGAAGGCCUAUUUCUGGGCAGAGCACACAUGCCUAGCUUGUGAUUACUUGCGUAGGCACAAGGAGUACAAGGCAUUCAAUAACCUUGACAAGUGGUACUGGGGUGGAUAGUGCUUUGAAGGGCUAUGCAGUGCUUGUUUUAUUGUUGAAGGCAGUGCUUUAAGAUUUUUGUCCUUCGGUUAACAUGAAACUUCAUUACUGUUCUGUCCAGAGCUCCCGAAUGAUGUUUUUUUAUUGGUUCAGUGGUCCAGUGACACAUCCAUCUUGUUUUUAUUAUGUCUUUUUUUGCAAGCCAAUUUUGCUAAGCCUUACUUACUUUUAUGUUAUCCAUUUACAAUUUUUAAUUUAUUUUUUUAAGAAUUACAAAUGCACUAGAUUUUGUAUUGCUCUUUCAGCCCAUGUUUUGCUUAUCAUGACCUAUUUUGCUGCUAAUUUUGUUGUAUUUUUAGUAUGAAUGCUUGAUUGUAUGGAUGAACCUCUACAAUGGACAACAUUUACGAUGCAAGAGUGUUGUUUUUUUCUUUGAAAUAUCACACAUUUAUGUUAUUUUUCUUUUUGAAGUGGCACAAAGAGGACAUUGAAGUAGUGUUUCGCUGUGAAAGGGAGACUGACAGAAAAAAUAUUUAUGUAAUAUUUAUUCAAGUGAGGCAUUAUAUGAUAAAAACAUUCUCAUCUGUGCUAGUGAUGCAGUCACCUAUGCAGUGUUUACUGAACUCUAAUGUGAAAGUAGUUCAAUUGUGUCAUGUACAUACUGUGUAUUUUGGGAUUAUGUAGCUGUCAUUUUUUCCAUAUUUUUGUAAAUCUGCAUUUGCACUGCUAAUCCACACGUUACCUAUCUUAACAUAAUGUACAGUAAGACAGACGACCAUAGUAUUAUGUGGUUGUAGAUGGCAUAUGGUGAUCAUUGCCCUGGCAGUCUCUGACAGCAGAUGUGA